AUAAUCUAACUGGAAAAGGCCCAAUAUCAAGAAUUAGUGUUACCAAGACGAGGAACCAGAGAAGAGAAGCCAAGGGCAAUGCAAGAAGAAGCUUAAAUCUAUCUUCUUUCGCCGAAGUCUGUUCAUGGCGAUGUCGGGAACUUUCCAUUUGAAUUCUGAUUACGUCCCUGGUUGCACACUUUCAGAAAGCCGUUGCUUCUCUAAAUCUAGUGUUUCAAGAAGAACGCUUGCCAUACUACCUUGGUCUUCCUGUCUGGAUCACAAGAAUGGACGUCUGAAAUCUAUCCCCAAUACUAGUUCUUUUGUGUGCCGAGCUAGUUCUGGCGGCUACAGGAGAAAUCCUGAUUUCUCAAGACUUAAUAAGCAUGGUUUCCGUGGAGGCAACAGGCAAAACGAGGGCAGAGACGACUUUGAUAUCGAAAACUCUGAAAUGAUGUCUUCAAGAAAUGGACCUUUACUCUCUCUGUCUAACUCCCCCAAAUUCCAAGCUACCUCAUCCCCUGGACCAAGAGAGAAAGAGAUUGUCGAGCUUUUCAGAAAGGUUCAAGCUCAGCUUCGAGCUCGUGCUGCUGCAAAGAAAGAAGAAAAAAAGAUUGAAGAAUCUUCUAAAGGGCAGGGAAAAGAAAGUGAAACUGUUGACUCCCUUCUUAAGUUACUAAGGAAGCACUCGGGAGAGCAGGGUAAGAAGCAAGUUAGCAAAUUUAGCAGCCACGGAGAUGUACAAGGAGAUACUGUCGACAAACAAGAUCGCAACGGAAAUCUUGUCAAUUCAGCUAACAAGGAUAAUAAUGCAUCAUCCUUUACCAGACCAACAUCAAGCUUCAGAAGAAAGUCGCCAGUACCGAGAUCUAAAUCACCGCCAGCUUAUUCCAACGAGGCAACUUUCGAUCUGGCAUCGAGUUACAGCGUAACCUGGACCCAGAAGAAAGAUACAGCGGAGUUGCAUGAUGAGCCUGAGAAUGAGCGUGAGAAUGAGCCUGAGAAGGAGCCUGAGUUUGAGCAUGAACCUGAAACUGAGUUAGAACCUGGGCCUGUGACAACUAUGCUUGCAUCAGAGUCAGAGCUGAAACCAGAGCCAUCAUCAUUUUUUCAAGAGGAGGACGACGAUGAUGUUACUUUAGAUGUGUUAUCAGAUGAUGAUGAUGCUAUUUUAGAUGUGUUAUCGGAUGAUGAUGAGUCACUCGACGAUGCUGAUGAAGAGAGUGAUGAAGCUGAGGAAGAAACCGUGCAAGACUUGAGUAAACUGAAGCUGACGGAACUGAGAGGCAUAGCAAAGUCACGGGGACUAAAAGGGGUUUCAAAGAUGAAGAAAGCCGAACUGGUGGACUUGCUUGGUAGUAACGCCAGCUGAUUUGACAGUGAAAGAGACUCAAAUACAGCUGAACCUUACUCUGCUAUGCACCAGUUGAAAUGAGCUGUUUUCUCUGUUUUUUGUUUGUUUGAAAUAAUACUGGUGGUGAUGUUCUUGAUUUACUAGGAUUUAAUCUUUUGUCAACUCAGUUUUCAGGAGGCAUUGUUUAGUUUUCAAUCAUGGAAUUACAAACAGGUUGAUAACUGUUGCUUUGAUA